AUGGAAUUUAUGACUAUCGUUCGGCCUGUAAUAGCGUCAUGUAUCGUCUUGAUUUCUCUAAUCGGCAAUUUCUUAAUUUGUAUUAUAGUUAAAAGGACUAAAAUAUUACAUAAUUUUACUAAUUACAUGUUAGUUAAUUACUCUGUAGCAGCUAUUGUAGCUGCAUUAUUUUUUUACCCAUUUCGUAUAACACUUUAUUUUCUUGAUAGUGGUUACUGGCCAUUCGGUUCAAUAUGGUGUAAGUUGUCAAUAUCAUUAGCUCCUAUAACGGUCAUAGUUUAUUCACAAUCAUUGAUUUGUAUUAGUUAUGCUCGAUUUCGAGCAAUAUGCUGUCCACUAAAGCCUUCACUAAAGCCAAAAUUAGCUAUAUUAUCUUCGUUAACAAUAUGGUUGAUAACUCUUUUAUUAACAAUACCGUAUAUGCUA